AUGUCAGUUCUGAUCUUGUAUGUUGAUGACAUAAUUGUUACUAGCAACCAUACUGAAGAGAUGAGUAUGAUUAAAGAAAGGUUGGCAAAGGAGUUCGAAGUCAAAGAUCUCGGUGCUCUCAGUAGCAAGCCCAACAAGACUCCAAUUGAGCUUGGAGACAAGAGGAGAAUGUUCGAAGGAAGUCCAGUUGACAAAGGGAGGUACCAACAGCUAGUAGGGAAGUUUAUCUUCCUCUCACAUACUAUACCUGACAUUGCCUUUGCGGUGAGUCUAGUCAGUCAAUAUAUGCAUAAUCCUUGUCAGGGACAUCUCAAUGCAGUAUAUAGAAUUAUGAGGUAUCUCAAGCAAACAUCAGGAAAAUAUCUUUUCUUCAAAAAGACAAACGAGAGGAAAGUUGAAGUGUUCACAGAUGCAGAUUGGGCUGGGUCAGUUGAUGAUAGAAAGUCUACAUCUGGGUAUUGUACGAUUGUUUGGGGUAAUGUCGUUACAUGGUGA